CAGGGAGAGGCGGGCAGGAAGGCACCCUGCACUCUUCUGUGUCCUCACUGGGUCACAGGUCAGCGAGUCAGGACUGACCACCAGAACUGCCUCUGUCCAUCUGUCCUUUGCUGUGGUUUGAGGGAGCCACUGGCCAAGCUGAGGCCCAGGGAGGGUUGGAGCCUGGGCUCCUGAGUUUGCCACUCCCCUGUCUGGUCUCGGGGCCCAAGCUGCGAAUAACCCAUGCUGGCUGCGCCCAGCAUAGAAUGGUGCCUCCUGCCAGAGGAGACUGGGAGGGGCUCCAUGGGGUCCUGGAGUGGGGGUUCCUGACCUAUGCUGUGCCCUACCCCCACCCCCCUGUUCUGCCAGCUCUCAGAACGCUAUGGGCCAAUUUUCACGGUUCACCUGGGAGGCCAGAAGACCAUAGUGCUGUCGGGCUACAAGGCUGUGUGGGAGGCCCUGGUGGGCACCAGGCAGGAGCUGGCGGACAGGCCCCCCAUCCCCAUCUUUCAGCUCAUCCAGCAAGGCGGGGGCAUCUUCUUCUCCUCUGGGGUGCGCUGGCGGGCCACCCGCAGGUUCACUGUGCGCGUGCUGCACAGCCUGGGUGUGGGGCAGGGCCCCAUGGCCCACAAAGUGCUGCAGGAGCUUGCGAGUCUCACAGGGAAGCUGGAUGGCUGCGGAGGCCGGCCCUUCCCGCUGGCCCUGCUGGGCUGGGCUCCCUCCAACAUCACAUUCACGCUCCUCUUCGGCCAGCGGUUUGAUUACGAGGACCCUGUGUUCCAGUCCCUGCUAGGUCUGAUUGACGAGGUCAUGGUUCUCUUGGGGUCACCCAGCCUACAGCUGUUCAACAUCUAUCCACGGCUGGGGGCCUUGCUUGGUCUGCACCGGCCUGUCCUGUGCAAGAUCGAAAAGGUACGAGCCAUCCUGAAGACAAUCCUGGAUGUGCAUCGGUGCCCCAUACCCAGGGAUGGCCCCGUGCAGAGCUAUGUGGAUGCCCUGAUCCAGCAGGGUCAGAUGCGGGGGGACGACCACCAGGGCCUGUUUGCCGAGGCCAAUGCUGUGGCCUGCACUCUGGACAUGCUCAUGGCUGGCACUGAGACCACCUCAGCUACACUGCAGUGGGCGGCCCUCCUGAUGGCCAAGCACCCGGAUAUUCAGGGCCGUGUACAGGUGGAGCUAGACCGCGUACUGGGUGCCGGGCGGCUCCCACAGCCUGAGGACCAACAGCAGCUGCCCUACACCAGCGCAGUGCUGCAUGAGGUCCAGCGCUACAUCACACUGCUGCCCCAUGUGCCCCGCUGCACAGCUACUGACACCCGGCUAGGUGGCUACCUGCUCCCCAAGGGCACGCCUGUAAUCCCCUUGCUGACCUCGGUACUGCUGGACAAGACCCAGUGGGCAACCCCUGGCCAGUUCAACCCGGGGCACUUCCUGGAUGUGAAUGGGCACUUUCUGAAGCGGUCGGCCUUCCUGCCUUUCUCUGCAGGCCGCCGUGUCUGCGUUGGAGAGAGCCUGGCCAGGACCGAGCUCUUCCUGCUGCUGGCUGGCUUGCUUCAGCGUUACCACCUGCGGCCCCCGCCUGGCAUCAGUCCUGCUGCCCUGGACACCACGCCUGCCCUGGCCUUCACCAUGCGGCCCCGGGCCCAGGUCCUGCGUGUGGUCCCUCGGCACAAGGAUGCUCCGCCAGGUGACACCUGCCUGGCCCACAGCACAGGGGUGCCUGAGAGCAAUGGGGCAGCAGCAGUCCCCUGAGGAUGUGCGGCAGGUGGACCCAUGGCACCCAUAGUCACAAAGGGCCAGGCAUCCAGGACCCGGCUUCUAUGUGCAGAUCACGUCCACUGUGGGCAGGAACAGGGCCCUUGUCAGGGUGCCACAGGAGGGAACAUGAACCCUCACGGCCCCAGUCUGCCUCCACCAAAGUCCCAGGCUCCCUCCCAGCCUCCUGCAUCCCAGUACCACAGACUCUCCUUUACUCUUGGCCCCGGGCAGCUAAGCCCCCAUUGCAGACUGGUCAUGCCCCUUUGGUGCUCCCCUCACCUGACCUCCGACACCGGGAGGCCUCACACUGCCCCCAUGCCUGCUGACACCUCAUAUGCAGUGCCCCACAUCCCCCAGGGCCCCAUAUCACCCCCUAGCCAGGGGCAGUGUCUGCCAGAUGGCCCCAUACCUGCAGUAGGUGGUGCCUGGGCCCAGGGGCACCACGUAACAUAGACCAGUCUGGGCUGGUAUCACUAGCUCUCACCUUGCACCAACCAGGCCUGUAGACCUGGCUGGUUCUCCUGUAGAUGCCCUGUUCCGGGGGUCCUGGGGGGGCAGUGGUUGGAGGCCUCUGCUGUACCACCAAAUGGUACCCUUGGUCCUCCCAACUAGUAUGCUUCCCAAGAUGGGUGCCGGAGCUGGAGGGCCCUGGUCUGCCCCAGUGUGCUGGGGACCUGGAGCCUGGACCUCAGUUUACCCAUCUGUGAAACAUCACAAUAGCCGCAGGACCAGUGAGCUUCGCUGGGAGAUGUGGGGUUGAGGCAACCCAGGCUGAGACACCAGAAUCCCAGGGGCCAGCAGGGAACCAGGGGUGCCCACAGGAAGGGUGGCUGUGCUGGGGAAGAGAAGCCCCCUGGGGCCUCGAAGGGCACACAGGGAACAAAAAGGCCACUGGCAAGUCCUUCAGCUCCACUACACCUAUGCCCAGGGAGGUCAGAGAUGCCCAGUCAGGGCAGCCACCAGCAGAAGGACCAGCUGCUCAGGGCCCCCAUGGGUGACAGUGUCUGGAGUUUGUGGGAGGAGGCUGGCCCUCCCCUGCCACCCACCAACCUGAAAGUACCCUGGCACAGUUGGGAAACUGAGGCACCAAAAUGCACAAAGUCCAGUGAGGGUUCCACUCUCCCCACUUCCAUGACACACUGAAGCCUAGAGGGCAGGACCUGGGGCUUGGUGGUACCCACUGCCCGCCAGGCUCCAUGUCCUCCUGGGUAGGCUGUGUUUGGUUUCCAACCCAUCCUAUGAGGUAGUUUGCUGACCUCUGUUCUCACUCUGGUGGAGGCACAGACACCUGGGUGGCCCCCAAAGCUCUCAGAGACUACUCUGGGGUAGGGUUCUCCAGGGUGGGCUUCUGCAGGUCACACACAUACAGGUUAUCUGUCUGGCACUCAGAUGUAGUGGGGGCUCUGUGUGGCAACUGGCAGCAGUUCAUACCAGCCUCUAUUUGGGCUGUUGUCCUGAGGUGAAGUCACAAGCAGGAAAACAGCAUCCCACACAGAUCGGAGGGGGCACCUGCAGAGCCCUGUGGCAACACUGCCAAGGAAGGUGCAGCCCCAGCUGGCCUAGUGCAGGCAGGUGCCAGUGGGUUAUCCCCAAACUAAACGCACCAAGACACAGGCAGAAGGUGAUGGGAUCCACAAGACACAAAGGAGGGGAAAUAGUUUUAAGGAAUCAAGAGUCAGUGGAUCUGGAACCAUACCUCUGGGUUUCCUCAGGACACUAGGAAGGUGCAGGGCUCCUCACCUCCUGUCCCCCAGGGCCACUACACACACAUCAGCACCUGUGUGUGCCAUCAUGAUCCCAGCUGUGCUGUGGGGAGAGGGAGGGCCAAAUACUGCAAGGAGCCGUGCCCUGUCCACAGCAGGAUGGGGUUGGGGGCACAGAUGAUAUGACCCUCAGGUUUCUCCCAGCCCAGAGUCCAGGAUCUGUGGUGACAGAUGGCAAGAGGAGUGGCCAGCAAGGGACAUGCGCAGGGCCCGUGGCUGGGUGUUUAAGGUGAUUAAACCUGAAGUCACAGAAGCAUCUAGGGUCACAGGCUAAGGCUGAGCACACCACUUGCAGAUGAGGCCUGGCUAGGGGGGUAAUGGCCACAGGAAGUCAGGACCCUUGGCCUGGGACAAUGCCUGUCUUCUGUUUGAGUUGUGACCAGCAACAGCACUGCAGUCCUAACCCUAACCUGACUCUCCCCCUCUGCCAUCUGGGCAGGCAGGAAGCUUUCUACCUGGGUGGCCCAGCCCAGAGGUGCUGGCUGCCCUCAGGCCCUGAGGCCUCCUAAAGGCAGCCCGGCUUCAGCCUCACCCUCUUGGCUCGGGCCAGCACCCUCCCAUCACUAGCAGCUGCCCCACAGCCACCUGGGCUGGGUCGGCACGUCUGUCACUUAGAGCUCCAGCAGUGGAGACUCACGAUCUGCUGGGAACCUGCAGACGCCUCGUUUCAUGUAGAGUGUGUGUCCUAGCUGGGACGGUCACCA